UGGCAAUACCGGAUCCAUAACCCAUUGAGCAAGGCCAGGGAUAGAACCUGCAACCUCAUCAUUCCUAGUUGGGUCCGUUUCCACUAUGCCACGGUGGAAACGCCCACACCUGACUUUUAAACACAAAAUUGUUGUCACCAAUUAUUGGUUCCUUACCAACUGAAAAUAAACUGUUUUAGUGUUUUAGUAACUGAAAAUAAACUGUUUUAGUGUUUUAGUGUUUUAGUCUACUUAAUUCAACCCCCUGUGACCACUAGUUCCCUAAAUGUGUAACUUGUCCGUAGGUGUAAUAGUAGCCAAGAGGUCCAAUUUUAAGGUUAGCAAAUCUAGUUUUAAAUCCUGAUACCAAAUUAUGCAUAUGACAUUAAUAUAAGAUACUUUAGCUGUCUGUGCCUCAGUUUCCUUACUUUUAUUUAAACAGGGGGUAAUAGAUGACUAUUUCAUGGGGUUUUUAUAAAUCUUCUAAAUUGUCUAUGAUGAUUACAUUGGAAUGUUUUCAUGUGGUAAUGCCUAAAAAAUUGGGGAGUUGAUGUUUUACCUUGUAAAUUCACUUCAAAUAGAUAAAUAUAUUCCUUUGUAAGAAUUCUAAAUAUAUAGAUUUAUAUCCACUAAGUGAAAUUUACUUGAAAAUACUAAGUAAUUCCACUAUUUGCAUGGCCCUUUUUUUUUUUUUUUGAUUGAUGCUAUAAAUAACAAACUGUCUUACACUUUACAUUCAUUUCGAUGGGGGAAGGACAGUACAUGCUAUGUGGCAUUCAGCUCAUCUGUUUUGUUAGUUUGGUUGUAUAAAAGUAUUUGUAGAUGAUAAAAUUUUCAUACUCUUGAAGAUAAUGUUAUAGAUCCUACACUGCUUCUGGAUUUAUACUGGUGCCUUGAUUUAAAGUAGGAUUUUCCCCUGACAGUGUAUGUUAAUAUUUGGAAAAUUCCCUAUCACUAGGCUAGCACCAUCUUGACAGCCCUGUGUUCUGCUUCUACCUUGCUAAUUGUUUCCUUGGGAUUAUUUGGAUUGUGUAGAAAGCUUUUUGCAAAUCCUCUUAUUACUGAAGUCAUUGUUGCCAGCAGGAAUAAGAUUAAAGGUGCUUAAGUCUGUAGAGUUGUUUCUAAUUUGUACGUGUCAUUUCAGUGGCAUUUUAACAGAACUCUGUCUCCUGUCCCUCCCUUCUCCCCUGGUACUAUCUCAAGUUAGGUCCAAGAAGCCAGACCAUUGGAAGAAGUCUCAUUUUAUCCUCCUAAUUAUUAUGCUGGCACUCAGGAGAUAAUUUUUCCCUUCAUGCACUGCCAAUUAAUAUGCAAAUGGACUGAUAAAUAUUUAUGCAAUGAUUUAAAUUAUGCAGGGGGUGCUUUCAGUGUAUUCUGUAAAUGAAUUGUUCGUGGACUUCAAAGUGCUGGCUGCUGUGCUAACGAGGAGAGAUUUGCAUAAGGCCCUAAUCACGCGCAUACUGAUUAAGCUUCAUUAUGGAAACUGCCAGCUGCAAUCUUUGUUUCUAUUUUAUUACAAAAAGGGGAACUUUUCAUGCUUCAGUUGCCUUGACAAUGUCAGUCCUAGCUGGUAGGAGAGACUAAAACUCUGAGCAACUGAAGUUUCCUUAUUCAGUUGAAGAUUGCUAUGGUGUAACUGAAGUUGUGUUUUGCUUCUCCCCCUAAUCCACUUUCCACCUCCCACCCUUGUUCUCUUAAGAAUAUAGUGUAGAUUUGUUAGAAAUAGUAGUACCUUCUUUCCCCCACCCCAAACCGCUACCUGUUUUCUUCCUUGCUUUGGACUGUCUGAACCUCUAGAAGAUUUCACAGCAAUGCUGGACUGCAGUGACUAUGUUCUAGACUCAAGAAUGAACAAUCCGUCAGAAACCAGUAAACCAUCUAUGGAGAGUGGAGAUAGCAACACAGGCACACAAACCAAUGGUCUGGACUUUCAAAAGCAGCCUGUGCCUGUUGGAGGAGCAAUUUCAACAGCCCAGGCCCAGGCUUUCCUUGGACAUCUCCAUCAGGUCCAGCUCGCUGGAACAAGUUUACAGGCUGCUGCUCAGUCAUUAAAUGUACAGUCUAAAUCUAAUGAAGAAUCUGGGGAUUCACAGCAGCCAAGCCAGCCUUCUCAGCAGCCUUCAGUGCAGGCUGCCAUCCCCCAGACCCAGCUUAUGUUGGCUGGAGGACAGAUAACUGGGCUGACUUUGACACCAGCCCAGCAACAGUUAUUACUACAGCAGGCACAGGCACAGGCACAGCUGCUGGCUGCGGCAGUGCAGCAGCAUUCCGCCAGCCAACAGCACAGUGCUGCUGGGGCCACCAUCUCAGCCUCCGCCGCCACUCCCAUGACGCAGAUCCCGCUCUCUCAGCCCAUACAGAUCGCACAGGAUCUGCAACAACUGCAACAACUACAACAGCAGAAUCUCAACCUGCAACAGUUUGUGUUGGUACAUCCAACCACCAACCUGCAACCAGCACAGUUUAUCAUCUCACAGACGCCCCAGGGCCAGCAGGGUCUCCUGCAAGCGCAAAAUCUUUUAACGCAACUACCUCAGCAAAGCCAAGCCAACCUCCUACAGUCGCAGCCAAGCAUCACCCUCACCUCCCAGCCAGCAACCCCAACACGCACAAUAGCAGCAACCCCAAUUCAGACACUUCCACAGAGCCAGUCAACACCAAAGCGAAUUGAUACUCCCAGCUUGGAGGAGCCCAGUGACCUUGAGGAGCUUGAGCAGUUUGCCAAGACCUUUAAACAAAGACGAAUCAAACUUGGAUUCACUCAGGGCGAUGUUGGGCUUGCUAUGGGUAAACUGUAUGGAAAUGACUUCAGCCAAACUACCAUCUCUCGUUUUGAAGCCUUGAACCUCAGCUUUAAGAACAUGUGCAAGUUAAAGCCACUUCUGGAGAAGUGGCUAAAUGAUGCAGAGAACCUCUCAUCUGAUUCGGCUCUCUCCAGCCCAAGUGCCCUGAAUUCUCCAGGGCUGGGAGUUGAGGGCUUGAACCGUAGGAGGAAAAAACGCACCAGCAUAGAGACCAACAUCCGUGUGGCCUUAGAGAAGAGUUUCUUGGAGAAUCAAAAGCCUACCUCGGAAGAGAUCACCAUGAUUGCUGAUCAGCUUAAUAUGGAAAAAGAAGUGAUACGUGUUUGGUUUUGUAACCGCCGCCAGAAAGAAAAAAGAAUCAACCCACCAAGCAGUGGUGGGACCAGCAGCUCACCUAUCAAAGCAAUUUUCCCCAGCCCAACCUCACUGGUGGCAACCACGCCAAGCCUUGUGACAAGCAGUGCAGCAACUACCCUCACAGUCAAUCCAGUCCUUCCUCUAACUAGCGCUGCGGUAACUAAUCUCUCUGUUACAGGCACUACAGACACCACCUCCAACAACACUGCAACCGUGAUUUCCACAGCGCCUCCGGCUUCCUCAGCAGUCACUUCCCCCUCUCUGAGUCCCUCCCCUUCUGCCUCAGCCUCCACCUCCGAGGCAUCUAGUGCCAGUGAGACCAGCACAACACAGACCACCUCCACUCCCUUGUCCUCUCCUCUUGGGACCAGCCAGGUGAUGGUGACAGCGUCAGGGUUGCAAACAGCAGCAGCUGCUGCCCUCCAAGGAGCUGCACAGUUGCCAGCAAAUGCCAGUCUUGCUGCCAUGGCUGCUGCUGCAGGACUAAACCCAGGCCUGAUGGCACCCUCACAGUUUGCAGCUGGAGGUGCCUUACUCAGUCUCAAUCCAGGGACCCUGGGCGGUGCUCUCAGCCCUGCACUGAUGAGCAACAGUACACUGGCAACUAUCCAAGCUCUUGCUUCUGGUGGCUCUCUUCCAAUAACGUCACUGGACGCGACUGGGAACCUGGUAUUUGCCAAUGCAGGAGGAGCCCCCAACAUCGUGACUGCCCCUCUGUUCCUGAACCCUCAGAACCUCUCUCUGCUCACCAGCAACCCAGUUAGCUUGGUCUCUGCCGCUGCAGCCUCUGCAGGGAACUCUGGACCUGUAGCCAGCCUUCAUGCCACCUCCACCUCAGCUGAGUCCAUCCAGAACUCUCUCUUCACAGUCGCCUCUGCCAGCGGGGCUGCCUCCACCACCACCACCGCCUCCAAGGCACAGUGAGUGGGGCCAAGCAGGGCUGCCUCCAGUCUUCUUCACUCUGGGUGUGAUAGGGCUGCCAGCUUGGCUGAGACUAAAACAUGUGAUUGGCUUCCUCUUGCCAUGUUGCAAGGGCAAGGGAGAGAAGAAAAAAACACAUGCCGAAAAAAAAAUGGAUGGAGACGGGACAACAUUUGCCUAAUUUUGUAAUAAAACACUGUCUUUUCAGGAUUGCUUCAUGGAUCGGAGAACUUUCUAACCAAAAAUUAAAAAAAAAAAAAAAAGCAGAAACGAAAAAUCAAAAACAAACAAACAAAAAAAUAAGUGAAAGGACUACUUAUCAUUUCCAGCAGUCAUGAUGACGAGUUAAGGUGGGUUAUCAAUUCCAAUAUAGGAAGGGGAUUUCUUGUUUGUCUAAAUUUCUUUUUUUUUCCUUAAAAAAAAAAUCAUUUUUAUGGGUCUGUUGUACAGGCCAUUAAGUCAUAACAAGGUGUUUAUAAUCGUAUCAAUUGUGUUGGGGGUUCCUUUCUUAACUGGUACAAUUUAGGCAGGCCUGUAUUACUGUAUCUCUAUUAUUAUUGUUGUUAUUGUUUUAUAUAUAUAUAUACAUAUAUAUAUAUAUAUAUAUAUAUAUAUAUAGUUUGGACAUGUUUAUCUCUUGCUCCUGGAUCCUAUUUCAGUGAGCUCCCACACUGUGGGGCGGGAGGGUUUUGGGGUGAGGUGGGGCUUACGUUCUUAACUGCGGGGAAUGUUCUUGCUGGUUUCCUUAUCCUUGAUGACUCUUACAGAGGUGCUAGAAAAUUAUUUUCUUUUGCCACUUAUGCAAGAGGCUUGGUGCAGAAGCUGAAGGCAGUGUGUGCAAACACUCUCACUCCACACACGCCCCCUCCCCCCGAUCAGGUGGUGCCUUUGGAGCACUUUUGCGUAGGAAGGAAUUCCUGCUGAACUGUAGCUCUCACUCACCCCGAACCAUUGAAUGACCUGGGGCCCAGAUCCUGUGGUGCAGCAGUGCUGCCUUCUGCUACUUUCAGUGGGAAUGCCUGUGCAUGUUGCAGGGCAGGAUUUGGUUCCAAAGAGCAAAGACUACUGCAGACACCUGACUUGGUGGUUCUCCUGAUUUCUAAUCUCCUGAAAUGCUCCUACUGUUGGUGUGUUUGUUUGUUUGUUCCACUUUGUGGAAGUUUUUCAUCCAAACUUCUUUAACUUACUUGGCAAAGAACAAAAUAACUGAAAUUGGGAAAUAUUUCCCUUCUUUUGUUUUCUGAAGGAAUUUUUCUAGACCGUUUUCCAUUAGUUAUAGAUCAUCGAAAGAGGUGUGUUAAGAGUCUGGGGUUACCACCUUUUCCUCUAGCCACAGACUUUCUUUUCACCAGAUGGCUUAUCACUUCCUCUAACCCUGACAUUAUCCUUGGUUCUCUGACUAGAGAAGGCACGCAUUUGCCAGACAUGGGAUCUGUAGAACCUUUGACAGACUUUAAGCAGGAACUUUGCACAACUUCACGUUUCUCCUAGGUUUGUUAGUGAUGCUCCUGCUAACUAGGUCUAAAUGGCAAUACACAUCUCUCUAUUCAUUAUAGAAGUUGAUUAGCGUCUGUAAUUGUUUCCAGGGUAUUUCUAGACUAUAUAAAUGAGCCCACAAAAAGGAAGUGUUUAUGGAAGUAGAUGAAGAGGAAUGAGGGUAACUUGGAAAUUAGCUUCCCCUUUUUGUCAAUGUUCUGUUAUUACAGUAUCUAUAUCCAGAAAAUUCCCCAAAGACUGGAUGACUGCAAUGCAGCUCAUCUGAGCGCCCUUCUUAUUGGAGUUAAAGGUUCCCACCUGGUGUCUGUGGGUGCUUGCUUAUAUCUCCAGUGGUCCCUUGACUGCACUUUUUCCCCCUUGCAAGCUGGGGGCUGAGAGAGAGCUUACAGGUAAUUUUUGUUCUGCUUGCUCUGCUUGUGUCCACAAGGGAGCUUGGAUUCUGUGUAUUUGUUUCUUCACAGUGCUGGGAAAGGCAGUGAUAUGGACACAAUGUGUAUUUUUGUUUGUGAUCAUCCAAGUGGGAGACAGGCAUAUUAAUAUUAAAAAGCCAGAAACGUUUUAGUCCCCUUGUUAAUUUUUCUUCUGUUCCUUCUGUCUUCCCAUUUUAUUUCACAAAGUAUUUACUUACUACCCUUCCCCUUCCUAAAGUCCCUCCAAAAUCAGUGAACUGCAAGCAGGGAAACUAACAAAUGUCCAUCCACCUUUUUUAUGUGUGGUAUUUUUUUAUGUUGUUGUAUUUUGUUUGGUUGUUUUUUUGUUAUUGUUUUUUUUUUUUUUUUUGACUAAGCUUGAACCAAAGUCAAAUUUUAGCAAGCUGCUGUACUAAUGGACUAGUUUGUAUCGUGCAGUUCAGACACAUUGAGGAGAUAGAUGCUACUGACAAUUUCUUUUUUCAUUUGUCUUUUAUUAAUUUUAUAUAAAAGUUGCUGCUUGUUUUAAUCUUUUAUGUUGGUAAAUUGUAAUAUCCUCUGGGCAGACAUUAACUUGAUUUUUUAACUAGUUUAUUUAGUUUGAUGUGUAAAUAGGAUGGCAGUGUCAGUUACUAAUUUUUCUCCUCUUCAACCCACUAUUUCUCUGAUAUAGUUGACUUUAAUCUUUUAUCCUGAUUUGACAUCUCUAAUUUUAGUCUGCGCAAAUGAUUUUAGAGGUUUCAGUAAUACUGUAGCUGCCCAUAGUGGUGAGUCCCUCCCCUGGGAGAGGUAAUUUAGGAGGAAGGAUUCAGGGAGGGAAAUGCUGAUACCCACCAUACUGUAGUAGAGGUUAUAGCAUUAAUUUCCCAAAAUUGCUACCAAAGGAAGUGUUGAGCCCCAAGGGACUCAAGCCCCAGUGGAUUAAGAGGAAGAACAAGGAAAGGCUGAGUUUGUUUGUUUGUUUUCCUAUGUGGUUGAAAAGAUGCUUCCUCUCCCAAAUAAGAUUCUCCAACAUACUUUAAUAUUUUUAAAAACUUACUAAGCUUUAAAUGUCAGUACGAUGGUCUCUUCCCCACCCUGUCUAUAUUCACUAGUCAGUUUGGGAUAAGGGGAUUCUGCCUUUGUGUGUGUAUGUGGAUCACUUUAUGAGGAUAAACUUUAAACCAGCAUAAAAACCUGUGUUUAAAAGAAGAAAUAAAUCCUUAGACAAAGGUAACUUCUAGAAUUUUUCUUUUUUUUUUAAUCUUAUUUAAAAACAAGUUGUGAGAUGAAAGAUACAUUUAUACAUGUACACACAAAACACUAAAACAGCUUGUUCAUGGGUGUUUUAACUUAAAAUCAACUCCCCCAUCGUCAUCCCUAGAUAUUCUGCUGAUUGUAUUGCUUCAUGACUCAACCUUUAGUCCUUUUUUACUUUAUAUCAUCUUUUUUAUCAUCUCAAGAUAUGCUUUUUGAAUCAAAUGAAUCUCGUAAGCUAAGGUACUCAGACCUAACUUUUAGCCUCCUUAUGUGGGAGAGUCUGGAAAUUAAGGGGACCAUUUGACCAAAAAGAAGUGUUUGGUAGAGUGUCUGCCAUUUCUAAGAGGAGGGGCCAGAUAGGUCAUCACAGUUCAUUGUGUCAUCCUUCUUUUUUUCUUCUUAAUGUUUAUGCAAGUUUCAUUUCAUCCCUGAAUUUGGUUAACAUACAUUAAGCCAAAGACUAACUCUUAAUGCAUUUAUAGUGAUACUAUAUUUGCCCAUGGCAGUGGGCCCUCCCUAGGGAGUGGUGAAUGUAAUUGUUUGAAUCCUGCUUAUCACAAGCAGUGUGAUUUGAUCGUGAACUUUAUUUUGUACCCUGUAUAAAUCUGAAGGACAGAACAGAAAGACCUGGAAAAGAGCUUCUCAGAGGAAUGAUAUUGUUGCUUCCCAUUUAAGAAAUAAGUUGAGUGCUAUGUUGAGUGUUAAGUGGUUCUGAAGUUAUCUAGGCAGCUUUUUAGAAUUAAAAAAUUGUUCCUGUCCAUUCACUACCUGAUAUAAAGUGAACUUUUAUUUAUUUGAUAAGAAGGAUCAAUACCUUCCCUGUGUACUCAGCUGAUACUAGAGAAAUGGAACCAAAGGAAUCCAACUUUCAUUUUGUGUAGGACCAUAAUGAUUUAUACUCCUUAGUAGCAUUAUGAGAAAUUAACGUGGUUUUUUACAAAGGAAAGAUUAGUUAAAAGAUUUUUAGUGAAACUAUCUUGCCAGUUUGUUCGACACCAUUCACUAUUGAGAAAAAAAGCACAAUUAUACCUUUUUUUUUUACGUUAUUUUGUUCUGUUAUCCCUCAUUUAUUUGGGAAGGUGGGGGAAAACCUUGUCUGUUAUCCAAAAGCACAGAUACUUGCUUGACACAGUAUUUAAAUUCAGUCCCAUCUUUAACAUUAAAUUUCCUAUUUAAAUUGCUGGGAAAGCUGGAUACCUUUGCAAAUGUAGGAAAUUAAUGUAGAUUUUUAAAGUUGUAAAUCCCAAUAGUAAACAUUGAAAUUAGUGUAUAAUUAAAAAAAAAAAAAAAACUUGGCUUACAGAGGAAACUCUUUGUAGUUCAUAAAGUUGUGCC